AUGUCCCCGCCAGUAGACGCCACUCCUGAAUCCCCAACCCCGCCAAGACCUCUUCCCUCUCUAGUUCCUCCUCCCGUCACCGAUGUUGCUCCAGAACCCUCAAGGUUUGCCCCCACCGCAGAACCGUCUCCCAAACUUCCCAACCGCUCAAACAACAGCUUCUCAAAACCCCCACCACAGUUCUCGCGCCAAAACUCAGCUCGCCAGGACUCGGGGAUCCCCCUCCCGGGCGGUUUGAGCAGGCGGUCUUCUGCCAUUUUGGGGUCGGUUCGGGGGAUCCUCGGGCGCAGCCAGCACAGGAAGUACAGGAGCCGAGCUGGAUCCGUCGCUGGUUCAGCUGUGGAGUGGAGCUCGCAACUAGAGCCGGGAGAAACUUCAAGUUUCGUCCCGUCUGUCAGUCGACGGCCGAGCGAGAUCCCCGAGCUGGAAGAGGGCCAGAAUCUACUGGAUGCUGACUCGGAUACCGCCCGGUUAAGGAGUAACCGGUCGGUUUGGGGGAUCCCCCGGAUUGGGCUGACACGGAAAGCGCUCGUCGGGGCUGUUCACAGUCUGAAGCAGAGGGCCUGGGGGGGCGGUGUGAAAACCCUCCGGUGGGAGAAGAAGACCGCGAUCCUGGCCAGCAAAGUCGGGUUCACAUGCUGUCUCGCGUCGCUUCUGAUCGUCGUCGAACCCCUGCGGAAAAUCUUCCAGGGGUUCGGAGUCUGGGCGGUUAUUACGGCAGCUCUGGUUUACGAGAGCAACAUCGGAACGUCGCUAAACAAGGGGUUUAACCGGAUCAUGGGCACCGUGAUUGCGGGCGGGUUAGCGCUUGCGGUUAACCGAACCGCGCCGCUGUUGGGCGCCUUUGAGCCCUACUUCGUACUGCUGAGCAUAUUCACGACGACCUGGAUUCCAGUGUAUUUGCGCUUCAGUUCGCCGCUGAAAGACCAGUGGAACUACGCGUGUUCUAUGGCGACCAUAACCGCCCACCUGCUUAUCCUGGGCGGCUAUAAGCAGGCGGGGGAGGCAAUCAAAAUGCCGAUGGCGCGUUUCCUGACAAUCGUGGGAGGGUUCGUAUUGGCGGCCGUCGUGAAUUUGAUGGUCAAGCCCAACUUUGCCGGCGACAAUCUGCACGCGCUGGUCAGCAAGAACUUCAAGACGGCUGCUGACGUGGCCGAAAAAUGCGUGGAGGAGUACGCGAAAGGCACCGAAUUGGACCCGGUUCCCGAGAUCCUUGCCGGGAAGAAGAUCGAGGACCAGUUGCACAGUCUGUACCACGGAAUCGUCAUGUCCGAGUCGGAGGUCGACAAAAUGAUGGGCGUCAUCUCGUGGGAGCCGCGCCACGGCAAGUUCACGGGGCGCUACCCCUGGGAGCUGUACGGUGACGUCACCGACAACCUGCGCUACACGGUCUACGUCAUCAUCUCGCUGGACAGCUGUCUGCGCGCGGAGAUCCAGGCGCCCAAACUUCUGCGCGAUAUCUUUGCCCAGGAGAUGACAAUGGUUGGUAAAGAGAUCGGGAACGUCCUGCGACUCCUCCACCGGAGCCUGAAAGACAUGCGCCGGUUCGCGCUUCACGAGGCGCUUCAACAGGCGGAGAUCGCCGCGCUGCGCCUGCAAAUGCGUUUAUUCGACAACGCGCACCGCCUGCUUAUGGACAGGGACGCACCGAAGAACGAUAUUGAGGGUCUGUCGAAACCGGGGGAGAAGCAAUUCGUCGGGGGUGUCAACCGAGAGGAUGAGGAAGUAAGAGGGGCAGACGUGGGCGUUUUUCAGGAGAGCCCAAAGAAAGGAGAGGAGAGCAGUCGAAGCUCGCCGGAACGAACCGGGAAGGAAUCCCGAGCAGCUUGUGGAGAAAAUGAGAGGGAGUGGGCAAAGGGGCUGAGAGACGUGGGCGAUUUGAGGUCGGGCGAUCUGAGGGCGGUUGAUCUGGGGAAGUCGGGAGGCGACUCGCCGGGGCGUUACUCCUGCUUUAACGGCGGUGGGAAUGCGGUCGGGGGAGACGAAUCGGAGGAGUGCUCGGACAGUGGAAGCGACCAAACGUCAGAAGACGGCUCAGAAGCGGUUCUUCUUUUGAGCCGGCAAAGACUGGCCGAGGCCUCGGAAGGCUACACCGGGGGCGGAAACCGGGCGCAAAUGGGCGGGGGGGAUAACCCAGGGUUAAGAACUGGGUUUGUAGAUAACUAUGCGGAUACCCACUACGACGGCACGUUGGAACGAGUGUGUGCGAUGUCGCUCGUGAAGUUUGCGUCGACUCUGAUCGAGUGCGUAGCGGGGUUACGUUUUUUGGUGGAGUCGGUAGAGGCGCUGGGCGAACGGGCGGGGUUCGAGGACCCGGAGAAAGGGCCCGGGGAAGGGCUGAACCGGGAGGAAUGGGCGGGCUAA